ACUUUGCCAACUUCAUGCAAACAUUGCAAUCGUUCAGCUAAUAGUGGAAUUUUGGCACUCUCAUCAUCUCCACGUAAAAUAUAACUCAGUUCCUCUAUCGUGAUAGUAGAGUAGAAUUUGGGGUCAGUCAUUAACCGGCUCUCCUAAGAACAAACACAGUACUUCAAUUGAAUUAAAAUACGAAAUAAACAAUGAUUGAAUAAAAAUCUGGGAAAGUCCAAUAACAAUAAUGUUGAACUAAUGCUUCUAAAAUGUCUAUGCUCGUGUACUUUGAUUACAAUUUCUAGUGAUACGUUCAUUCAUAAUAUUAAAAACAAUAGACUUCAUCAGCAUGUUUGUUUUCACGAUUUUAAUCAAGUCGCUUAUCUCUAAAUUUGUAUAAACUCUGUUUUGGAGUAUGGCGGAUCAUAAGUAAAAAUGUCAAGCAUUUUUAAGUACAUUAGCAGGGUGAAAUUUCUGUAAUAAAAAGUGAUUCUGGUGUAGAAGAUGUUCAAAUUGUUGUGUUGAAUUUCUAUGUAUAAAGCAGAAACUUAAUAUUAUUAACAACAUGUCUUGUGAAGAAAAAUCGGUUGUGCUUGAGUUACUGACUCUGAAGAAACCAACAGCUUUGGAUGAACUUAUCAAUAAGGUAGCAAAACCCAAGGGAGCAAUACCAAAUUUUGGAUUGCCAAGAUGGAAAACCAUGCCAUUGGAAUCCAAGAUCCCUAUGAUUCCAGGGCCAGAAGGAUCUUACCAUUUCACACGAAAUAAGCUUGGUAAAAAACUUUGGAUCAGUUCUGCAGAUGCGGAAUUUAAUUUAAGUGACCCAUAUAACUAUGAUGCGGAGUGGACAUAUGAACCACUGCAUGAUGAGCAUUUAGCAAGAUAUUUUUCUCAGCCAACAAACUUGCGCCGGAUGAUAAAACUUGGAUUAGUAACAAAAGAACUUGAUGCAAAAUGUUCAGUUAAAGAAUAUAACAUAUACAGAAAAUAUUUAAAGAAAUUGUAUAAUGACAGUAUCAAGCUAAAAAUAAAACAGAAAACUCUCAUGGAUUCCGAAAAAAGGGCUUUAGACUUGGCAGAAAAAUUAGCUGAAAAGGAUAUUGAAAAAUUACUAGUACAAGAAAAGAAGCUUGAAGCAACGAAUCGAUUGCUAGAACAAAAAAGACAGGAAGAAGGAUCAAAGCUACAGAGACAGAAAGAUAAACAAUUAAAAAUGGACCAACAACUAAAAGAUAUUGAGGCUGCCAGAGUAGAAGCCAAUAAAUUGAAAAUUCAGAGAGCUUGGGAACAAGCCCAGAUAUUACGACAAAAACGAGAGGCAGCUGCAUACAUUGAGCGUCAAAAAAAAGUUAAAACCAUAAGACAAUGGCGAGACAGUGAGUAUCAACGCAAAAUAUUCAAGGCAAAAAGAGAGCUUCAGGAAAAAAAAGAAAAGCGAAAUUCUAUAGAGAAAAAAUGGCAGUUACGCCAAGAAAUGCAAGAAAGGCAAGUGGAAAGAGAACAGUUUCUGCUACAAUGUUCACAUGAGAAACGAAUCAUGAACAUUAAAGCAUAUAAUGCUAAAAUUGAUGAAGAAAGAACGAGAAUGCAGCAAUUAAUAGAGGAGUGUAAAAUGUUUAAUAAAUGCUAUAGGAACAGGCAUGUACCUGUUCAAAGAAAUGGUACAUGCUGCAUUCAACCAACCCCAAAGCAAAAGCACCACAAAAGUGAUCCCAGAAACUCUUGUUCGGCUAAAUCAUAUCCCAUCCAUAAGGGAAGGCGUGCAAAAUCUAUCUUAAAAACAAAAAAGCAUAAGAAAGUCAAGCAGAAACCAAAGAAACCGAAGGUAGAGUUAAUGCCAGAGCCUGAGCCUGUGGACACACGUCAACUUACUGAAACAACUCUAUUUACAAAACAACUUCCUACAAUAGAAGAUAAUUGUAAGUGUGCUGAGGUCAAGGCAGAAUGGCUAUAAAAACAACUAACAGUUGGUAAUUGAAAUGGUAAAAUUUUAAUAAUUCGUACGGUAGAAUACUAUUACUGGCAUGUACCUAAAAUAAACAUUAUAAUACCCAGCAUCACUCGGUACCUGUAUUUAAAUAAUACAUAUACUGAGAACUAGUAUUUCUAGAUUGGAGCAACAUUA